GUCAAUUUGACGUGUUGUUUUGUUCAUCAGCCACUGUUUUUGUGUUUUGGAACGACAAAUUAUUAUAAUUUUAAAUCUCUAAACUAAUUUAAAACAAUGAAGGAGGCAAAGAUGAGCACUCAUUUAUCAGGGGGCCGAUUAAACGUGGCUCUAGUGCAAGAAACAAUGAGAAAAGAGCUGCUAAACUUACUACAACUUUGUGAAGGGCCAAAAGUGACAAUAUGGGAUGAGUGGCUGGCAGGCCCAGUAGGCCUGGUAGCUCAAUACUCCUUGCUGAAGGAGCAUGAAGUCGCUGACAUGUUCCCGCUACGUCCUGGCAGCCUCCCCACAAUUUCCGUCAAGCAUAUUGUGUUUAUUGCCCGCCCAAAACUGACAUUGAUGGACAUUGUAGCUGAUUAUAUUGUUUCCUUGAGAUCCAAGCAAAGUACUCCUGUGGAAUUCCACCUAUUUUUUGUGCCACGGAGAAGUGAGCUUUGUGAGAAGCAUCUCUCCAACAGGGGAGUGAUCAAUAACCUCUCCGUCCAAGAGUUCAAGUGUGACAUCUUCCCCUUUGAGAGUGACGUCAUGUCGUUGGAACUACAGAAUGACUUCAGAGAAAACUACCUUGAGGGAGACCCAACAUGCAUCUACAACUCGGCUCAGGCCCUGCGUACCAUACAGCAACUGUAUGGCAUCAUACCACGGGUCUUUGGCAAAGGAGUUGCUGCUAAACAGGUAUGGGACCUGCUCUGCCGACUGAACAAAGAAGAACAGGGAACUGGCCCGAAAGGUUCCGCCACGUCCUGCAUUGACCACCUGCUGUUGUUGGACCGCGCCAUCGACUUCACCAGUGUCAUGACGACACAACUCACAUACGAAGGACUUAUUGACGAGCUAUUCGGCAUCAAGAACUCUACGGCGACGUUUCCCGGCCACAAGUUCGUGAGCCCAGACGACGCCAGCCCUGAAGUGACCGCGCGCGAGAAGAAACGCAUCAUACUCAACUCCAGCGAGGAACUGUUCGCUGAACUGAGAGAUUGCAACUUUACUGCGGUGGGCGCAGCACUCUCGAAGAAAGCCCGCGUCAUCAAGACGCAGCUCGACGAACGCCACAAUGACAAGUCGGUGCAGGAGAUCAAGCAGUUCGUGUCGCGGCUGCCACAGAUGCUGGCCAACAAGCAGGCGCUCGCCACGCACACCGCCAUCGCCGAGUACAUUAAAGAGACGACCGACGAUUUCGACUUCCACGACACCAUCCAAUGCGAAGAGGACUUCGUAAAUUGCAUCGACAAUGAAAAAGUGUGUCCAUUUAUUGAAGACCUCAUCGCCAAGAAAGAGCCAUUGACUAAGGUACUAAAUUAAACAAGUGUUAUAGAUUUU